AAAGUCCUCUUACAGAAAAUGGAGCCUUCAGCUUAUUUUGAGGGUGGCGCAGUUUCAAGGAAGCUGAGACUUUAUGAGGUGGACAUAAUUCAAAGUCAAGAGUGGGGAAUCUGUGGCACUUCAGCUGCCAGUGUCCUUACUACUGACAAUCAAGCUGAGGCUGAUGGGAACUAGCUUCCAGCCAUAUCCGAAGGUCCACAGGUUGCCCAGUCCUGCUCUAGCAGAAUAUUUGUGUUCCGUUUUGAUGGGAAAGCACUUGUUAAAAUGCAGUGCACAUUGCACAGGGUACUAAAUUGAUCAUAAGAAUUUGCUGCCAUUGUUCCUUCCGCCUCAUCUGUACCAGAAACUACCCCAGUUGCCGCAAAGGUUUUAUUAAUUCAAUUUGGCAACAUCCAAAGACUAAAACACAUGGCGCCUUAAAGACUACCCGUGUAUUAUAUUUUAAUGCAAGCUUUCGUUCGUCAGAUAUAUGGAAACAGAAUGAAACGUAGAUGAAAUGUCAGUUUCACAUGCUAAAUGUUCAUCGGUUGCUUGCAGUAAUUAGGCUUAUGUUUAUUUUAGGGGCCCUCUUGUAAAAAUUUCUCAAGAAAACAAGAGCCUGGGUCUGAGCAGAGAUGAGAGGUGGAAGGGAAGAGGGGGCUACGGACUGAAGAUGCAAAACCAACAAAAACCACCCCGGGAAGCUACUCAGGAUAUGGCGAGGAAACGCCCAGCAGGGCUUUCUCAGCGGGAGUGCCUGUGACUGCGUGCCCUAAGACUUUUCUGGCAAGUAGUGCCCCAUUGGGGAAAAGCGAGACGCUGCCCCACACGAAGAGGAUGAGCAUCAGGCGAAGGGCGCGGAGACAAUAAGGCAAAAACGCCUUCUUCCCUGCAGCCCCUUCCGCUGUCGGCGUUGCUAGGAGACAGAGACGCCGCUCCACCACCGGCCCGGCUCUUACACCCACUUCCGGAUUCUGUUGGGAAGCCGCGCCAUCCCGGGCGAGGCGGGAAACGAUUCUCGGAAGGGGUUCAGUUCGAUACCGGAAGUCUCGUCAAACGGCGAGGGCGCGAUCCCCUUGGGCUUGUGCCAGCGCUGUGGCGGCGAAGAAAAGCAGAGCUGAGGAGGAGGGUGUGUCAACAGCGACCCCUUAUUGUGAGGCGGAACUGAGGCAGACGUUAAAGAGAGACCGCCCUCCUGCGGCUUUCUCCGUUUAAAAUCCUUGUCUUUCAAAACUCGUCGCCCUAUCAAACGCGAUAUGGUUGGGACGACAGCCGAAAGCGGAGCUGCUAUUGGCUGAGGCGCGAAUCAAGCGAUUGUAGGGCUUUUCUUAUUGGCUUCCAAAAGGCGCGAAGGCUCGUUUCGGGGACCUUUCGCAGGCUCGAGGGUGGGAGGCGGACUUCGAGGGCGCCGGAGAGUCUUCAGCCCACGCGGCUCGGUGACAACGGCCCGCCCUUCACGGCUAGCGUGCGCCAAUCAGCAGCCGAACUUCAAUGGCGCGUGGGCCCGCGAUUGGGCGACUCUUUUGUGACGCGUUCCCUGCCCUGGCUUGGAGGCCGUUGCCCCUGAAUAAAGUCUCUUGAGGGUCUCUGACUUCGCGCCCUUCCCUGUGCUGAAAGCGUUACUUUUAAGGGUUAGGCCCGACCUGGUCUUUGGGAAAAGGUUGAACCCGUGAAAGCGGGUGCACUUGUCUUUUCAGAGAUUACCAUGGGUGAUUAUGAAAAGGGUAAGAAGAUCUUUGUUCUAAAAUGUUUACAGUGCCACACAGUUGAAAAAGGUGGAAAGCACAAGGUUGGUCCAAAUCUUUGGGGCCUCUUUGGACGUAAAACAGGACAGUCUCCUGGAUUUUUUUAUUCAGACGCAAACAAGAAUAAAGGUAUUGUGUGGAAUGAAAAUACACUGAUGGAAUAUUUGGAGGACCCUAAGAAGUACAUUCCUGGAACAAAAAUGCUUUUUACUGGCAUUAAAAAGAAGAACGAGAGAGCAGAUCUCAUUGCGUACUUGAAAAAAGCUACAUCUUCAUGAAAUAUUGCAGCUCCUGUGAUGUCAAAAGCAUUCCUAGUUGGCUUAACUCUUAUGCUACAACUGAUAUUUCAUUGCUGUCCUAGAAUUUGCUCUUCAGCUAUUAUCUUAAAAAAAGUAAAAAUUGGUCUCUUCAGAUGCUCUGUCUGCUAACAAAACACGAGUACUGUAUUGUCUUUUUUAUAUGCACGAACAAUUCCACAUAUUGAAAUAUUUAGUCAUUUA